GCUUCUCUCAUCACCUGGGCGCGCGGAGGUACAGGUAUGACACGGACAGCUCGCCUAAAGAUCAUUUCCAGUGAAUCGUCAGAGCCUCCGCAACAUACGCGCGGAGAGAGAGGAACUCGGUCUGCGCCCAAACGGAUAAGUUACCGAGGCGCGUUGAACAGAACCACUUCUGGUGCUUCCUGAAGUGUUCCUCGCGGAAAUGGUUCACCUGAAGUUUAACUCUGGACAGUGAACAUGAAGUUUGGAAAAACAGAUGCGCUGAUUUGUUUCUGAUGGACAGCGGCUGAGGAUAAAGAGCCGCAUGCGAAAAAAGUCAAGGUUUCAGAACGUAGCUCCAGUGUCUGCCAGCAUGUCGAACCGGGACUCCCUGGGGUUCGGGGACCUGAUCCCCCAGGACGUGGCCGAGGUCUUUGCCCAGGAGAGGAUGUCUAAAGGAGGGCGGCGCAAGAAGCGCAGUAAGUCCCUGGGCCGCGCCAUCGACUGGUUCAAAGGCAAGAAGCGGAAGGACGCCGACGCCAACGGGCAGAGCCCGGGCCUGGGGCCAGGGCUGGACCUGGCGCUAGAAGGACCUCCUGCCGGUCCUCAGACGGGCCAGAAGACCGGCAAGCCGGGCCACUCUCCGGGCAGCAGCCGUGCCGUCGCAAGGCAGGGGGAGGAGGACAGGACCCCAGCGCCUCCGCUGAUCCAGGAGAACGUCUUCAUCGAGUCCAGCAGGCCCAAGUACAUUGAGGACCUCCACAACGAGGCCCAGGAGGGACUGAAGCUGUUCCAGCAGGAAGAGACGAGCAAUGGUGUGGAAUUCCGUGAUGAUUUAAGCAGCAUUUCAACUGUUACCACCCAGCCAGAGGAUGAUGGCCAGGGGUUUCUGUCUGACAGCACGAUGGCCGACACAUCCUCCAUCGUUUCUACACAGUCCACCGUCUCUUCAAUGUCCUCUCGCUCAGGGAUCACCAGACAAGGAUCCUCCUUCAGACCCUUGAACUCCGGCAAGAAACCAGAGAAGGCGAAGCACAGAAGACGAAGCAGGAGGACGGUUAUGGGAAUUCCCAAGCAUGUCCAGAGGGAACUCGGACUGGAUAGAAUGGAGUGGAAAAGUAACCCAGUGCUGGAUGAGGAGCUGGAUGAGAACAUGAACAGUGAGGCAGCAUGCGACGCCGUCGACAGGCCCUCACUGCUGACUGAGCCCAGCGUCGGCCUCCAUAACGCCCAGGUCAACAGGGCCCUGGCCAAGUCUCAGACCCUGCACACCAGCAAUGCUCAUGCCUCCCACAGGGACGACCUGGCCUUGCUUCACCGCCUGAACAACGAGUCAGCGCACAGGCCGCGCUCCCUGGCCGUCCCGUGGCUGACCACCGCCCACAACGGCCCGCACGGCCCCCCCAGCCCUGUGAUGUCCAUGAACCCCCACGCCGCCUACAUGUCCAAAAUAAUUCCCAACGCCGUGAUGCCUCCCUCCGUCGAAGUGCUGGAAAUCCAGCGCGGACGGAGCCGUUACAGUCAGAAAACAGUCAGCAAGAGCAGCCUGCUGGUGUCCAGCCCGACCGGCUCGCGAGCCUCCUCGCGGGCUUCGUCGUGUCGAGGGCCCCCCUCCCGAGCGUUCUCCUCCAGAGCGUCGAGUCGGUCCUCCGCCUCUCAACAGAGAGCCAACUACACGUCGGACAGCUCCGGGUGGAGCCGGUCCGAGUCGUCGGAGACGCUGGUGUCAGACUCCUCCACCAUCUCAAGCAGCACCACUCCCCAGCAGCAUAGCUCGGCGGACGAAAGACGCGCGGCGCGCCACGGCUCCCCCCCUGCGGACAAAGUCAGCCUUCACUCCUCCGCCAGCAGGGUCUCCAACGGGAAGACGGAAGGGAUGGCACGCAGUCUCUCCAUCAUGAAGUCCAAGAGGGCUCCCCCACCGCCCAGUCGAUCCUAUUCGCUUCACAAUAGGAUGAAACGGAAGUCACGUGACCUAACGGAGCCAAUGACGUCGUCAAAGGAAACAUCCCCCCAGAAUUCAAUGUGCUCUGGGAAGAAUAGUGUGAAGAGCAAGUCUGGUGAGAAAAAGGAGGCCGCAGUGCCUCCAGUGUCCCCCGGUGUGUUAGAUAGCCCCGGGUACACUGCGGACACCAGCUCUCUGGACGACUCCAAUGGCUCUACGUCAUUCAGCCCUAUUAAAUCCCAGCUGCAGGCACCCGAGAAAGUUGGCACUGCGAAGAAAGGGGAGUCACCUGCUAAAGUCACUACAUCCGAGCUGCAGCCACAACAGGAGAACGUGUUGAAGAAAACCGCGUCCCCUUCCAGUGGCUACUCAAGCCAGGCUGGCACACCUACACACCUUUCUAAACAUCCUCUCGCCACAUCCCCCAAGCCCAAAAGAGGAUUUCUUUCCAAGCUCCAGGGCUUAUUUCCUGGGUCCUCUCCACCUAAGAACCCCACAAAGCCUUCUGAUCCACAGCCAGACUCCAAUGGGGAAACGGGAAGCGCCAGACCCUCAGUCAGGGUCCUGAGAGAGCUGUUCAACAUUCCCCCCCCACCGAAGGUCCAUGCGCCUCCUCCUCCUCCACCAGAGGUGUGGGCCCACAACAAGCGUACGUUCGAGUUACUGCUGGGACCCCCUGCCCCCUAUGACUCCUAUGCUGCUGUUAAGAGGAACCCCAAGGACAGGAGACAGCAGAGGCCGUCGCCUUCCAUAUCUGUCAAGAGUGCAUCCACAGAGGGCGAGAAGAAGAGCGGCCUUAUCUCCGCAGAGUUGAUCAAUGGAGUCCUCUCCUCGAUGGUAUUGAAGAAAGUGCAAGAAAGUGAGCAGUGUCAGAAAGAAAACAAGGAAAGACUGACGUAUGUUGAGAAUUGUGAAAAAGUGAAAGGCCAGAGCAAUGCGACAGAAAAAGCUGAGUUGUCAAGUGGAAGUGUGUUAGUUAAUGGAAGGUCUGCGGAGGUCACAGAGAAGGUUCACGAGAGACUUGCGGCAACACAAGGGGAUAGAAAUACGGCAACGCACAAACCAACAUCGGUGACGCCGGGGAACACUUCAGUUGAGACGCAAUCCCUACUAUUCCACACUCCUACAACUCGACCUGCUGUAUCCCCACCCCUGGAAUCUCUCUGGCCCCCACCACCACCACCAAUGGACCCAGCCGCUGAGACCCUCCUCAUCAGACAAGACGGGACUGAUUUCCCCCUCCCACCGCCACCAUUGUUGAGUGAGGAGGGGCUUGUAGUACUGGAAAAUGUGCCACAAGUUGAGGUGCGGCUGGAUACUUCUGUUCCCCAUGUAGCCAUUGUGCAAGGGUCGCUGAAUGCCCCAUCGGUUCAUACAUCAUUGGUGAGCCCGAUGAAGACACCGAAGACUCCCCCGCUGAAGACCAAUAAACCAGGGUCCACUGCUCCCAAACCAAGUCCACAGAAGAUUAAAUUAAUACUACCCACGCCCCAAGGAUACCCUCCUCCACCUCAGAGUAUCCCUCCACCACCACCCUUUUCAGCCCCAACCCUCCCUGUCAAUCUGCCUGCGAACCCACUGCUCACAGAAGGGUACCUUCCAACGCUCGUGGAAGCGGAUAGUACUUCAACGGAGCAGCUAGGCGGCCCACCCCAAGAAUCCCCACCGACAGCCCUCCUUCCUUCAGCUCUAAGGCUUACUCCACCUAAAAGCAUUCCGCCUCCUCCACAGCCUAAGGCUACUGUGUCUGCAUCAGAGAGUGUUCCCCAACCGCCACCGCCCCUCCAAAAGAUUCUACCCACCCCUGGAGAGGCAGCCCUUUGUAUAGAUACAAGCCUUCAUGCAGCCUCGGUACUCCCUGCUCCUACUCCUGUUCUGAGCCCUAUUACAGAGCCACUGGAAGCCCCACCUGUGGCCACAAAGCCUGUUCCUGGACCCGAGGUUACCCACUCUUUACCUUCACCUCCUAUUAAUCCUACUACGGUUCUUACACUGAUUACGAAGCCCCAGAAAGCCCCACCAAAGGCCACUGAGCCUGCUCCAGAGCCUGAGGUUCUCCCCUCUUUAACAUCACCUCCUAUUAAUCCUACUAUUGUAACCCUGGUUCCAAAGCCCCAGGAAGCCCCACCUAUGGCCACGGAGACCGCUCCGCAGCCAAAGGUUACCACCUCUUUACCUUCAUCUACUCCAAUUGUAACCCUGGUUCCAAAGCCCCAGGAAGCCCUACCGAAGGCCACUGAGCCUGCUCCAGAGCAUAAGGUUACACCCUCUUUACCAUCACCUACUAUUAACCUUACUCACAUUGUAACCCUGGUUCCAAAGCCACAAGAGGCCCCACCGAAGGCCACUGAGCCUGCUCUAGAGCAUAAGGUUACACCCUCUUUACCAUCGCCUCCUAUUAAUCUUACUCCCAUUGUAACCCUGGUUCCAAAGCCCCAGGAGGCCCCACCGAAGCCCACGGAGCCUGCUCCAGAGCAUAAGGUUACCCUCUCUUUACCUUCAUCGUCUCCUUCCCAAGCGACUACUGAUGGCUCACAGCAGCCCUGCAAAGAGACCAAGGAGAACCAAAGCAAAGAGCAGAAUGCCGCAGUUGCAGAAGUCUCAACGUCCGUAGUCACCACUGUCGAUCAGCCAUCAGUCAAUGUGCCGUCUGUCAAUAAAAGCCCUGAACCUAACAGAGCCCUGGACCUGGUACAGCCCGAGGUGGUCACUGAGGACCAGCAGCCCCUGAGUCAGGGUGCACUUGAGUCACAGACGGUGGUCCUCAAGCCAGCUCCUUCACAGCCCAUGAUGAUCAGCAAAUCUGAACCGGAACUGCUUCAGACCGAAGUGGUCAUCGAUGCACAGCCUUUAACUUCACCGCCUCCUCUCCAGACCCCUACAGAUAUUUCUCACCAGCAGGCUAAAGAGACACCAGAGGACCAAAGCAAAGAACAGAAGGCUAAUGUGGAUGUCAGUAACAGCCCUGAAUCUAGCAAGGCCCAAGCACAGGUUCUGCAGGAUUUGGUCGUUGAGACCCAGCAGCCCAUACGUCAGGUUGUACUGGAGUCUGAGGCAGUGGCCUCCCAGCAAACUCCCCCCCAGCCUGUGAACAUCGACCAAGCCCAGGACCUGCUACAGCCAGAAGUGGUGAUUGAGGCCCAGCAGCCCAUUAGUCAGGAUGUACCUGAGGCAGUGGCCUCGGAACAAGCUCCCUCAGAGCCCUUGAACGUUCCCUCGUCGUCAGCUCCAGCCCCACAGGUUCCUGCCAGUGCUACAGAACCAGGAACCACAGAGGGCAAAACCGUGGAUUCAACCUCUCCACCGGCUCAAGAAGAGGGAACCACUUCUUCGGACACACCCUCCCUUGCAGAACCAGUCAAGCAGAAGUCCACGGAUGGCAGUCCCGAAGCUACCAACGACCAGGGCACACAAGACCAGCCAGUGGUUACCAUGAGGACCCGGAAGCCUGAAAGCCACAUUCAAACUCACUCAUCCAGUGGGGAGGCUCCUCAAAAACCAAUCAGAAGGUCACUGAUCAUGAGCUCUCUUCCAACCAUAGCUCCUCCCGUCGUAGUCGACUCACAGGAAACCAUCCCCAAAUCCCCGUCUGCCGAGGUCACACACAUCUCUGCCGCCUUGCCCCCCUCCCCUACGAAGAAGUCUCCUCCCGCGACCAACAGUGCCCCUUCCAUGAACAUGCAGGAGGCUAUUCGCCUGAGGACCGCAGCUCGAGCAAAGAGCCCCACCUCACCUCGUGGCCCAAAGUCCCCUUACGGGGGAGACAUGCACAAGUCUCCCUCCAGCGUGGCCAGCUUUAUCUUCUCCAAGAACACCCGAAAGGUGGGGACUGCACCUGUGCCCGAGGCCCAGCCGAGAGUGCAAAAGAACAGAGCUGCUGAGCCUGCUGCUGUAUCAAAGCCCGUCAAAGAAGAUGACCUAGAGGAGAAGAAGCAGGGUGUGAAGGUGCCACCGCCUGUGGCUAGGAAACCUAAAGCCCAGGCCAAAGACACGGGGACCAAUGUGGGGACAGAGUAAAUGCUGACUGCAGGACAGGAAGCACUACCAGCGAGCACAUGAGGUCCCCCAGAAACACCAAUGGGACAACAGUCUAUGUUUAUGGAGGACGGCAAACUCUAAUCAAAAGAAAAACAAUACAGCAAAUACUUGCAUUUUGGAAGGACGAACAACCAACACACACAAUCACAUUGUAAAGAUGCAACAAUUUAAGUAAUUCAAGAGAAGAGACGUGAGAUGAUGGGAGUUAUUUUAAGAUUUAGUUUUGUUGAUGGAUAAUUUGAAAAAAGAGAGCGAUAUUUUUAAUUUCAUGUUAGUGCUAUGGGUCUUAUUAUCAGCUAUUUGUUUUAUGUAUAAUAUUAAUAAAACAUAUAAAAUGUUAUAGUUUAUGACAUGCUGAAAUGUUUAAUUUUACUUUGCCAGUUGGGCUUCUCAAUUAUACAUUGCUAAUGCUUGCGCGUUAUGGCAAUUAUAGCUGGGGAUAUGCUGCCCUCUAGUGUCGAUAAAAGGCAAUACAUGUACAUGUACCACUACUUAUUGAAAAUCGAUGGAUGCUUCUAGUUACUACAUCUUACAAUAGGGAAACUGGGGUGCUCUGCUGUGAUAUUAAAGAAUUGUCUUUAUUUAAUAUAUCCAUUCCUUUUUGAUAUGCACUAUGAAAAUAAUAUUCCUCCUGAAAUGUUGGCCUACUUUCAAAAUUGUUGAAAGUACAUGUAUGUGUUACAAAAUAUACUGUUUGAAAUAAGUUAUUUUUCCUCUCUUCCUGGAAAAUGUGUCAUUAUUAUAAAAUAAUUUAAUAGCCUACCUUGUACAAUUUCCUGCUGCCUGUUGCCAGCGCAGAAUUAAUCAAACAUAGAAAUACACUUCUGUUGAUUUUAAGUUGUUUUGCUUUCUGCUAAUACAAAUCCACCUUGCACACCGAUAAUCAUCAUCUUCCAUGACUUAGGUCUUUAAGUUGAUCCGUUUGCUACCUUUUCUUUAAAAUGGCUGAUUUUCAGGUCACUUCUGAUGAUAAAAUCCUAUAGAUGGCUGACCAUAACCUGAACAUCACCCCAGCAAGGGGACCUUCUUACGCUGGGAGCGCAGGGGUCAGAUCCAGAACUCUGGCAUGGGAGUCAGAUCCAGAACUCUGUCCAAAUGAAAUCAAACCUCUUCGUUCUCAAUGCUUUCAUUCACUGCAUUCAAAAUGACGGUACCCAAACCAAAAGCUAACAGUAUCCAUCUUAGAAACAGAGGUUUGUCUGUUAUAUUUGAUAGUAAGAGCCGUGACUUGAUUGACAAAUAAACCAAUUAAAAGGAAAUAAAUGGGUCAAUUUGUUGUUCUGUAAUACAAAGCCUAUGCCAUAUAAAAAGCAAUACAAAUACAUUUCUAACAAACAAGUAUUCUUGUCCACCAAAUCACACAAGCUACUUGGUUUAUACUUUAUCAUGUUUAAACCUUAGGUAGCCUACGUCAUCGACUCAUUAUAAAAUUGCUAUUGUAAUUUAAAAAAAAAAAUUUUUUCCCUCAGUCUAACCCAGUCUUCUCUUGGCCCAGCUUUCCUGAUCUAAUUUUCUCCUGAGAUGACUUCGAAUGAUGCGUCAUCUUGGGAGAACUUUGCUUGCCUGCUAGAAGGACUAGAGUCCAGCUGCAGCCCCGGAGAACAACACCCUGGCGUGACAACAAAAACCCAGGCGUGACACAAGUACUCUGGUGUGAUGGAAGUGAUUUUUUUUAAACUUUUUUUACACACCACUAUCAGAAACCAAAGAUCAACCAUGGAAGUAAGUGAGACUGUCAAUAUGCUUAAUAUAUUGAGUAAUAUUCAUGUUAAAGCCGUGCCGUGGUUUAAUUACUUUUCGCUAAGUUCGAAUAUAAUAAUACUGUGCCCUUUUUAAAAAAUUAGCUGCGCUUCGUUCAAGGAAGUAAGUGAGAGAUAACAUGAAUAUUACUCAAUAUAUUAAGCAUAUUGACCGACUCCAAAUAAAUACUGUCUAGUACUUUUCUAAAUCGCGGAAGUGAUCAGUAGGCUAUGUAGCAGUAUGGUAGAUAAAUGACCGCAACUCAGACCUCAAAUAUUAGGCCUUAUAUAAAAAUAAUGCACCCGAGCCGCUUAUUUAAAAAUAUGCUCUUGAUUAGCUUAACCAUAGCCUUACUGGCUUACGUGAAACUGACAUCCCUGAGUCAUAUGCAUUUAAGAAAAUAAUUUAGAAAAGUACAAGACAAGCCUCCUCCUACUACAAGUUACAGACCCUACUCGGACGCAGACGGAUACUAUUGGAAAGUUUGCUGGCGCUUCCACUCGCGCUAGGACCAUGGGUCCUUCCCCCUCCAAACGGAAACAGGCAGGCAGUGCAGCGUGGUAGUUGGAGGAUUUCUUA